AUGGUCAACACACCAAUACCACACAGCUUAAAAUCGGAGGCAAAGAAAGCAGCCAAAAUUCUGACUGAAUUCACCGUUCCAAAUGCCAAGACUGGACCAGACGGUCUUAUUCCAGCUGGAAUACUGGCCAAGGCUAAAGGUCUUGCAAUCAUCACUGUUUUUAAGGCUGGAUUCCUUGUGACAGCUCGUGGAGGUAGUGGUAUAGUCAUUGCUAAACUUGAUCGGGAAAAUUGGUCUGCUCCAUCUGCCAUUGGAUUAGCAGGAUUGGGUGGAGGUUUUGAAAUUGGAUUGGAGGUGACCGAUUUUAUCAUAAUCUUGAACACAAAAUCAGCAGUUGAAGCUUUUUCUAAGGGAGGCAAUCUCACUCUCGGAGGGAAUUUCACCAUUGCUGCAGGCCCUUUGGGCAGGAAUGUGGAAGGAGACAUUGCUGUUCGCAGUGCUGCUGCAAUUUAUACAUACUCCAAAACCAAAGGUUUAUUUGCUGGGAUUUCCAUUGAGGGUAGUGCACUUAUAGAACGGAAAGAUGCAAAUAAAAAAUUCUAUGGAAGGGAUAUAAGAGCACACCAGAUUCUCAGUGGGGAAGUCGACCCACCUGAUGACUGCCGGGACCUGUAUGAAGUGUUGAAGGAGCACCGGGAGUUUGCACUUAGAGCUGUUGCUGAUCUGGCCAAGAGGCAGGCAGUGAAGCAAAAAGAGAAGCUGGAGAGCAUGUCGGAGUAUUCUCAGUACAGGUUUGCUGUGAGUGCUCUCUCCUUUAGUAGAUCAAAGUCAACAAAAUCAAACCAUUCUUCUGGGAACCAGCCUACUCGGUCAAGCUCUGAACUUGUCCUUUCAGAGAAGGCAACCACAUCAUCACCAUCAUCUCGGAGGAAAGACUCCUGGACUGACUACCCUGUUCGUUCUCAGUCAAAAAGCUCUCUAAACCAAGAUAUCUAUUUUUUUUUUAAAGAUCCUUGGAAAGACAUAGAUAUGCCUGCAUUUAAAGGAGCUAUGGCCUCACCAGUGGGGGCAAGUAGAAGUUCAUUAUCAAACACUGUGUGGGCUGUUGCAGAUUUUACAUUCCAAGCUCAGUUGGAUUGUGACCUGUCUUUCCAUGCUGGUGACAGAAUCAAGGUAACCACACGCACAAAAUCUCAGCAGGAUUGGUGGGAAGGGAUCGACAGUGCCGGAGAGCAGGGAAUAUUCCCGGCAAACUUUGUUCAUAUUGUUUCUUAG